GAGAGAGUAACGGGUUGAAAGAGUGAGAGCACAGAGAAAGAAAAGCAAUAGGGUAGGGAAAAAGAAAACAGAUUAAAUAGAGAAAUGCUUUAAAAGGUUAUUUUUCUUCAGUUUUUUUUGGGGGGCAGUGUCUGCUGCUGUGGAUCCAGCUAACAGCACCUCAGUCUUUGUGUUUGCUCUUUUUUCCUGUAUGCUGGGGGACUGAUACACAAGGAUCUACAGAGCGAUGACCAAGCACCUCUACAUGAAAGCUUACUGACUGAGUGAGAUGUCACCUGGGUGUAGGAAGCAACAACAUAAAUAAGAGAGAGCUGCUUCAAAAACUCACAGUACAAUUCUGAAGAAUUACCAUCCCUGAAUCACAACAACUGGAUUUAACGCCCUGGGAGCAAAAAGCUAAGCUGUCAGUUGAACCAUCCGACCAAUCAUCAGAGAAUAGGAUUACAUGCAACCAGCUGGAGGGAGAGAAAUGUUGGCAAAGGGUGGGCAUCCAGCCCUGACUCUCAUGUCAUUACUGCUGCUGCUGUGGAAAGAAGCAGCAGGCAUCGAAGUUCCUCAAGACUCAAAGAUCCAGCAAGACUUGAAGCAGCCCCCCACCAUAAUCAAACAGUCAGUGAAGGACUACAUUGUCGAUCCCAGAGAUAACACCAUCAUCAUUGAGUGUGAAGCCAAGGGCAACCCAGUGCCAACGUUUUCUUGGAGGAGGAAUGGGAGGUUUAUCACCAUUGGCAAAGAUCCAAGAGUGACUAUGAGAAAACGCUCUGGGACCCUGGAGAUAGGAUUCCGCAAUGGAGGACGACCAGAGGACUAUGAAGGAGAGUACCAGUGUUUUGCCACUAAUGACUUUGGAGUGGCCCUGUCCAACAAAAUACUGCUCCGGGUCUCCAAGGCACCCUUGUGGCCUAAGGAAAUGCUGGAGCCAAUGUUGGUGACUGAAGGCUCCUCUCUGAUUCUACCCUGUAACCCACCCCCAGGCCUUCCUCCUCCAGUUAUAUUCUGGAUGGACAGCAAUAUGACUGCCAUCCCUCAGGAUAGGAGAGUGUCCAUGGGGCUGAAUGGAGACCUAUACUUUUCUAAUGUUUUGGUCCAAGAUGGUCAAAAAGACUACAGCUGCAAUGCUCGGUUCCAAUUCACACACACCAUCCAGCAGAAGAACCCCUUUACCCUCAAAUUUCAACCCAUGGAGCCAUAUAAUGACACAUCUUACAAUGCCUCUGAUCCCUAUGGUGGCCGCAAAGUAGCAGAGUCCAAGCCAACCUUCCUUUCUCCCUCAGGGAAUGAAAGCUCCAAAAUGGUGCUACGAGAUGAGCAACUGUUGUUGGAGUGUAUCGCUGCUGGGCUUCCGACCCCCAUUAUAAAGUGGUUUAAGAGGGGUGGAGACCUGCCCGCACAAAAGGUGAAAUUUGAGAACUACAACAAGACCCUGAAAAUUCUCAGUGUAUCAGAGGAGGAUGGUGGGAAUUAUGUUUGCAUGGCAGUCAACCGUCUAGGCAGCUUUCACCAUUCCAUCAAUGUUCAAGUUGAAGCGGCUCCUUACUGGUUAGACAGACCUACAAACCUGGUGCUAGCCCCAGAAGAGAAUGGCCGUCUGGUGUGUCGAGCCAACGGCAACCCUAAACCCAACAUUCAGUGGCUUAUCAAUGGAGAGCCAAUAGAAAGUGCUCCACCAAGCACAAGCAGAGAUUUGCUUGGUGAUACUAUUCUCUUUCGUGGGGUGCAGAUUGGAAGUAGUGCGGUCUAUCAGUGCAACGCCUCCAAUCAGCAUGGCUACCUGCUGGCCAAUGCGUUUGUCAGUGUCCUUGACAUGCCUCCAAGGAUGCUGGGAGCCAAAAAUCAGUUAAUCAAAGUCAUUGUGAACAACCGCACCUUCCUCAACUGCCCUUUCUUUGGCUCCCCUUUACCUGAGUUACGCUGGUUUAAGAAUGGCCAGGGCAGCAAGUUGGAUGGUGGUCAGUACCGGGUGUACAACAAUGGAACCCUGGAGAUAAAACGAGCUCGAAAGGAAGAUGAGGGCAAAUACACCUGUGUGGCUACCAACAUCUUGGGGAAGGCUGACAACCGGGUCGAACUGGUGGUCAAAGAGCCAACUCGUAUAAUUCAAGCUCCCAAGGAUCAGUCAGUUGUGAGAGGCUCUGAAGCUAGCUUCCAUUGUAAGGUGGAGUCAAAUGAUCUGCCCUACAAGGUGACCUGGACCAAGGAUGGAGAGCCGGUGUAUCUGGGAUGGAGGCUGAAGAAGGAUGAAGAGUUUCUGAAUAUCUCCACUGUUACUAAGGAUGAUGAGGGAAUGUACACCUGCACUGUUAAAUCUGAAAUGGACCAGCACUCAGCCUCAGCCCACCUCAGCGUCUCAGAGGACACCUCCUUCAACGCCUCAGUUUUUAGUGCCUUGCCUCCAGGUCGUCCAGACCCACCAAUUGAUCUGGAUUUGUCAGACCCAGCAGCCCGUAGUGUUCGCCUCACCUGGAUUCCUGGAAAUGACCACAGGAGCCCUGUCACCGAGUUCUUGGUCCAGUUUGAGGAGGAUCGCUGGGAGCCAGGCAGAUGGCAAGACCUGUCCUCUUUCCCCGGAGACCUCAACUCUGUCAUCCUGCAGCUCGCCCCCUAUGUCAAUUACCAGUUUAGGGUUAUUGCCAUUAACUCAGUGGGCCGGAGUCAACCUAGUUGGCCCUCACCUCGAUACAAAACCAGCGGGGCACCCCCAGAUGCCAUUCCCAAAGAUUUACGUGGAUGGGGCUCCAAAAAGGACAAUAUGGAGAUCACCUGGGAGCCACUGCACGAUCUGGAAAGAAAUGGACCAAAUCUGCAGUACACAGUGUGGUGGAGACGAAAAGAUUCUGGGGAUGAUUGGACCAAUGUGACCACGUUCCAGUCCAAAUAUAUUUUUCAUCCCACUGAAACAUAUGUGCCUUAUGAGAUAAAAAUCCAGGCCAGGAAUGAUUUUGGAUCAGGGCCUGAGUCUAAUAUUGUCAUUGGAUUUUCCGGAGAGGACAAGCCAAGAGAAGCACCCAGCGAAUUGCGGGUGUCGAAGCUAGGCAGCACCACAGCAAACAUCCACUGGAAGCCUGUGGAUCUGAGUUCUGUCCAAGGGGAGUUCAAGGAGUACAGAUUGUACUACUAUCGUGAGUCCAGUCUGGUACCAGGGCUGGUGUUGAGUAAGGAGAAGAAGACCACUGGUUUCUACACGACUGUUCCAGAACCAUCUGGCAUUGUCAAAGAUUUGAUGCCCUACUCUAGAUAUCAGAUGUUCAUGGUUGUGGCGAACAAUCGCUUUGAGAGUCCUCCCAGCAACACUGUGGAAUUUACCACCGAGGAGGAUGUUCCAGAUGCUCCUCGGUUCUUCAGGAUUUACCGCAGAAGUCUGGACACACUCCAUUUGGAAUGGGGCAAACCUUUAGAACCCAAUGGCAUUAUAAUUGGCUACCAACUCAAAUACCGUAGAGUAAAUGGUUCCAGGUUGGGUCCCCAGCAGAUUGAGACUUUUCGUCAAAAUGUGACACAAUUUACACUCCGUCUGCCAGACCGAUCUGCACGAUACAAGUUCAAUCUGUCAGCACUUACCAAAGUGGGAGCAGGAGAGGUCUAUGCUGAAGAGUCCCCAACACUUACCAAUGAAGUUAAGCUUACGGAUGCCACCCAGUCUUCUGUUUUCUCUUCUUAUCCUCUACCUCCUCUUCCUCCCACUACCAUCUCUCCUAAAACAAGUAGUAUCACAACUACUACCACUCUUCCAACUACCACUUCCACUACUACUACCACUACUACUACUACUACUACUACUACCACUGAGUCAACUACAACUACCACAACUCCUGUGCUGGUCACCACCAAGCGAGUUGAUCAGAAUGUCUUGGUAGCCCCUCUGCGAGAGAUCUGGAAUCUGACGGUGGUGCCAAACAGUUACUACGCUAAUGUCAACUGGAUUCACAACUUCCCAACCGACAGCAAGUUUGUUCUAGAGGUCACUUUGGACAGCAACAACACAGUGACACUUGAAGAAGUGAAACAACCACCCUUUAAUUUGAAGUCUCUGAUUGCUGGUGAGAAGUACCACCUGAGGGUUUACUCCAAAGAGAUCAGCAGCGUCAGCAGCAAAUUUGUCACCUUUAAAACUAAAGCAGCUCACAUAGACCAGGUAGACAUAGCCACUCAGGGCUGGUUCAUUGGCUUGAUGUGUGCCAUUGCCCUCAUUAUACUGAUCCUCCUCAUUGUCUGCUUCAUCAAGAGGAGUCGUGGAGGCAAAUACCCAAGUGCUGGCUCCUUGACUGUUUUCACAAAAUAUCUAGUUCGUGACAAGAAAGAUCUCCCUCUGGACCCAGUGGAUCAGAAAGAUCAGAAUGGAUCCUUUGAUUACCAGAACAAAAAUGAAAACAGCAGCGAUGAGGACAACAAGCCUCUGCAGGGCAGCCAGACUUCACUGGAUGGCAACGUAAAGGAAAGUGAUGACAGCCUUGUGGACUAUGGGGAAGGAGGCGAUGGCCAGUUUAACGAGGAUGGCUCUUUCAUUGGUCAGUACACAGUGAAGAAGGACAAGGAUGAGACGGAGGGAAAUGAAAGCUCUGAGGCCACCUCUCCUGUCAACGCCAUCUACUCGUUGGCAUAGCAGAGCAGCGGUGCGGUGCAGAACUUGACACUCUCUGAUUCCUGUUAAACACCUCUCCGUACAUAAUACACACACUUGAUUAUUUGAAUAUCUGACACAUGGUAAAAGCAGGAGGGCCUGUCUCGAGACUGUACAGGCUCUCCUGAAGAGAUAAAGACAAGGAACAUUGGGGUAAUCGUAGACCACAAGCCUUUAAUUUCUGUUUCCAACGCUGAUAACAUGAUCAAUCAGAAGUUAUCUUUGGACAAAGAGAAUGAGAAUUCUCCCCAGCACCAUCUGCUCUUUAUCCACAAAAACUUGAAGUGUGCCUUCAGGGCAACUUUGGAGGCAUAACCAAGUAGUCUUCAUUUUCUUCCGGUUAUUUGUUUUAUUUUUGUUUCCCAGUCAUUUCCCUGCUGCUGUGCCUGAGAUGUUCUUCUGCGUUGCAUCCCGCUGAAUCAGACAGUGAAAUAAAAUCCCUCCUGUGUCCAAUCUGACCCCUUCCUGUGACAUAUCAGCCUCUCACUGGUAAUCUCAACAGGAUGCUGGCAGAUAUGUUUAUCAUAUUGAUAGUUGCGCAAUGAACAAUUUUAAUUUUUUUCACAGCUGGUAGAUGAUGUAUUGAAUCCUAAUGAAUGCUGUACACAGUCCUGGCACACAUUUUAGUGCCCCUUGAAACUAUGCACAACCUCCAUAACAUUUUGAGUUAAAUCUGGUUUAUAAAAAAUAUGCUUUGGGUGUCUGUUAACCAUCUUAAUUCUGAAAACAUGUUUUUUUUAUCAACAUGUUUGUCUCCAAUGUUCAAUCCGAUGUUUUAACCCAGACGUCUUGUUAAAAAAAUCCAGCACCUGCACAGGCUUCAGCCCCUCCUACAUUCUACUGUAAAAAAGUGAAUUUUGAUGAGAAAAAAACUCUUACUUUGGAGCAUGGUAGUAAAACAUGUGCACUAUAUAGAAAACAGAAAAGGUAGUUUAGCAAGAAACACCAAAAGAUCAAACCCAGUUAAUUCCCUCAUAAGCAAGCAAGCUACCAUUGCAUUGAUAUGAGAUCGAACAGCUCUGCUUCUUUGUAGCCAUCAUGGUUUUAUUAUUAUUUUACUUUGAGUUCAGAUAUGUUGCACUCUAUUAUUGAAAUAUCAAAUUUGAUGUCGCAACCAGAUUUAUGAUUGAAAAUGGAAUAAGCAUCUCUAUUACAUACACAUGCAUGUUUUAGAUGGUGAAAGCAGACCUUUGGGUUUAGGGAUUUUUGCUCAUUCCAUUUAAUUUUAAAAUCCAGGGUCUCUAUUUGCUUCUUAAACAUGAAUAGAGCAAAUGAACCACAUGUGUCCACACUUAAAUUGAGCUAUUGCUGCUUAAAUGCAUUAAUUUGCUUUUUAGCCAAUAAUCAGAUGUUUGUCUCUACUAUAAACCAAACAAUAUUAAUUUCAAGAUGCUGAGAUAUUAUUACAUCACCAAGACAAGUCAUGGCACAAGAUUUUUAUAAUUGUGCAUUACAUUACCAGGCUACACAUGACCUGUAAAAUCAUUAGUGUUCUGUCUUAACAUCCAGCUUUUUGAAAGGACCCACACCUCAGUUUUUUCUGCUCCUCUUUAAUGAUGUUGACAUCAUAGUAGUACUUUGUUUUCAUGCUACCAUUAAGUUAGAUUAUUUAUAGUAUGAUUGAUAAAUUCAAAGCCUGCUUUAAAGAUACAGAUGUUGGUACAGUAUAUAUUGCUCUGUUUUUGGUGAGGUAGGCCUUAGAAUCAUAUUUGCUCAGUAUUUCACAGGUAUGCAAGAUCAUGAUUGGUUGACUCCAAAUUCAGUUAAAAACUUGUCAACAGUUUGGUUUUAGAUUUGUUUAAAUAUUUGAGUAUUUGGUAACUGUGUACCCAUUUAAUGCAUUAAUUUGCUUGAGACCUCAGAGUGCUGUUCUUUCCACUCAACAGCACUAUUUAACUCUUGAAAAAUGAAAAAUUACAUUGAUUUUUAGUUAGCUUGGCACUCUGUGUAAAUAUUUAUUUAUGUCUAUUGCAGAAAUAUUAUUAAUAUUAAUUCCACAUUAUAUUCAUAUUUAAUUCAACAAUAAAUGUACACACUUUUCCUUUUAUUGUGGCUGCAUUUCAUGUCAGAAAUAGAAACUCACCAAAAAAUAAAAAUAACUUCAUAAACAUUUUGUCCUUUUUUGUUGUUGUUGCUGCAGUUCAGAAACGGCCAUAAAUAUUAAAAUGUCAAUGAAAUUUCUGUCUGUUGUUCUGCUCCUAUUGUUAUCAUCAUGUAUCCAUGUUCUUUCUGUGUUCUUAUAUGCUUUUAUGUAAUGUAAGCCCUCCCCGCCGUACAGAAAAUCUAUUCUUGUUUACUGCUUCAAAUUUAUUCUCGUGCAAUUUUUAAAUAUUUAUUUAUUGUUUCUCCCCAUCCAUAUUUUUAUCUAGAAAGACAAAAUGGAGUCACUUAUUUGUACCCCAAAAACAAUUCCCAGGUUUCAUAUUAAGCCUGCCAAGCAGCACUGACAGACUAGUUCUACUCUGAGAAGUAAAAUGGUUAUUAUUGUGAUAGAUGUUUCCAUCUGUCUUUUACAGCAUUUAUGUGCUCUACACCAAUUUUUAAUAUAUCAUAUCAUACAAUAUCAUAUGAUUCCUUGGCAAAGCAGUCCUCCAUUCAGUGUUAGUUAAAGAAGCAAAUCAUCUCUCUGGCUGUUGACUCAAUCAAUUAUUAAGUACAUUUUGCACUUGUAUUAAGACAUACUGCACUUCAUCAGCCGUUAUGUCUGACUUAUAUGUGAUUUUACUGGAAACACCCAGAAUAUUCUUCCAGAAUCUCUUCAAAACCACAAAACGUUGACUGCUCUUGCAGCUUUGCUGUCGUCACUUUAUUUAGUAAAUGUUAGAAAUGCACAUUCUUCCCAUCCAUGUAGGUCGGUAGAUACCUUCUCUGCCAACUGCCUGGCUGUUCUCACCUACUUAUUUUAUUUACAUCAUUAUUUGCACGUGUCUAUACUUACUAAAAGGGUCUAAAAUUAAAUUUCCUUUUUUCACUCUUAUUCCAGUCAAUGUUAUUUAGUUGCUUACUUUCCUGAUGCAUCAGCAUAUAUCAUAAUCUGAAUUGCUACAGCAGGUCUAUGCCGGCUCCUAUGUUUGUUAAAGUUGGUAAUAAGACCAAGUAUAGAACAAGAUCUGCUGACAAAUUACCUAACGUCACAGCCAAAAAUGAGAAUUUUGCUCAUAAUUUCACAGUUGUUGUUCCCUUACUAGUCACAUAUCUGCAGGAACCUAUGCAACUGAAUACUUUCAGCUGCUUUGCUUACUCUGAGAAGGUUUGCUGUAAAACAAACUACUCAUGCACAUGCAGAACUGUGAGGAGGUGAUCGUUGGACUCAAACACAUAUUCCUGUGACAGACUGCCUCCCUUUUCUCCCAUAUUUCAAAACAAAAUAGGAGAUUGAUUUAAAAAUAUCCACAUUAUCUAAUAUAUGCUAGAAUCCAAAUUUUCUCCUGUCUUUGUGAAGUUUUAAUUAGUUGGGUAAUGUCUUGGAUGCUAUUGUUCUGUGGUGUUUUUUUCAUUUUAAACAGACAUGUUGAAAAGCAUGAAGCUGGAUCUGAUAUAGAAAGUAAGGGAAGGAAAGCCCAGAAGGAUCAAACAGAAACUCAGAACGUUAGUUGGAACUUUCUCUGUUGACCUGUUCUCUUUCGUCUUCGUAAAGGGGACAUAUCAUGCUUUAAAAUCUUUCCUUUUCACACUGAAAUCAUUCAGUUGCUGUCUAUAUAAGGUGGAGCUUCAAUACUUUGUUCUAAACUCAUUGUUAUUUAUACUCAUUGUUAUUGCAGCCCCACAGGCUCCUCUUUUACCCCUGUUCUGAUUUGCAAGUGCAACUCGUUUUGGUGCCGUCUCUUUAAAUGCUGUUGAAGGCACUUCACACCCCGCCUUCUCAAGAUCAAAGUUUGAUAACAAUUAUCUAGUGCCGCAGAAACAAGACAAAACUGAAAAACAAUGGAAAACUGUUUAUGUAAUAAUACAAUUUAAAAUGCAUAGUAUAGUUAUGUCUUCAAGGAGCUAAAAACAGCACACAGCGCUAACAUAAGCAGAAGGCACGAUGCUACUGCAACAAAACAAUGGCCAUAUAUAUGUCAUAUCAACAAACAAUAAAUUUAUGUCUACGAUAAAUUUUGUCAUAAUUUUAGUUAUUUGCAGUUUGCUGUUUUUGCUGUGCCCGUCAUUUCCAUAGACAGAACUGACCGCUUAAUCAGAUUAAUUCUUUCAGUAAAUCCUGCUUGAUACUGGAGGAGAUUGCUGAUAGCACUCGUCCUUGAAGAGGGGGAAAUAGGAAUUUCCCCAUUGAUGUGGGAACAUCAAGAAUAAAAUUGUGUGGGUUUAUACACCCAAGAGUCGAACUGAACUUAUCCUCUUGCAGCGUAGGCAUUCUUGGACGACAAAAUUGCAGAGAUAAGUCAAUAUGGUGGAUAUGCGAAAUUGAUCAGCCUGAAGUCCAUGACCCCAUUUAGCUGUUCCGCAGCAAAUACUGUGAUGUUACAGUUGGAAAAACGUAACAGAUGAUAGAGAAAACUGAACGAACUGAAAAUUAUGACCCAAAGAGAAUAUAAAGAUAUCUUCACAGCACCUGGAGAGACUAAAUUCAAUUUUUCUGCACUCUACAUAUUCCAAGUACACAACAAAAUGUAUUUGAGGGCUAAAAAAGUGGAUUUUGCAUGAUAUGUCCCCUUUAAUAUAUGGUCUUUCAGAUUUUUUUUCCCUUUCUUACAAAAAAUGCUUUAAACUUAAAAUACACCUUUGAAUUCGGAUUUUGUAAAUGUCUGAUCAAAUACUGUUUGGCUUUUUAUAAACUGUCAUAUUUGCAUCUCUUUAUUAUUAUGUGAACCACAGCAGCUUGUUAAAGUCUUGCUUCAACAUGCAAAGUAAAGAGUUUGUAAAGUAAUCAAAAAAAUGUAUACUCACCAUAUAUGCGUGUAUGAGAUGUUGCAACGUCUGCUAGCAACAACGUCUUUAUAGUAAAGCUAUCUCCUUUUCUCUA